AUGCACACCCUGAUGUACAAGAGGCAGGGAACGGCAUUCAAGCGAAAAAGGGACAUCUUGGACUUUUCUGGCUUCCCAUAUGCAGAUGAGGAAGCUAAGGCGUCCGAAAUGGCCAAGGCGGAGGACAAGCUUGGCAAGUGGCACAUGGGCCUGUUGAAUAAGCUGCUGGACUGCUUUGAUCUGCCAAGGGGGAGCGGAGAGGCAGGACAAAAGGCAUACAAGGUUGAGCGCGCUGUUGAGUUCCUCAUGAAGCCGAAGAUCCUGGGCACCAAGAACAAGGCAGAGAUGGAAGCAAAGAGAAAAGAAAGGAUGAAAAAGAAGCAGGAGAGCGCAAAGAAGAAGAAGGCAAAGGUGGCAGCAGGGAAGGACAAGGGCCCCAAGGCCCAGAAGAGGAAACAUGGAGAAGAGUCCAAGCCAAGGGGCCGGCCACCAAAGAAAGCAAAGACUGUGCCAGAAGACCAUGAAGAAGCUAUGGAUGACGCAGAAGGGGCUGCAGCAGAUUCUGCACAAGCCAAUGAGUUGACUGAAGAAGUUGUGAGGAACGAGUUGAUGAAGAUGCUGAAGGCUGCCGAUUUGAACGACCUGUCUCUAAAAAAGGUUGGAAUCGGGGCAGUGAGGGAUGCUGCUUGA